AUGAAGCAACGUUUGUGCAUGUUGAACCAUUGGGAAGCAAAGGUGUCACUGUCUCAGCCACAUACAUGGAACAGUUGUGGGGCAUUUCCAAUUUCUAAGUCAAGGACACUCAUCCAGUUUUCUCUCUCUUUGCCAGAAUACUUCUCGCUCCUCUCCGGGAGCUGCCUCCCUUCCCCGGUGCCGUCGCCCGCCCCAUCCGUGGCCGGUUCCGUGGCCUCGAGUUCGGGUUCCUUGCGCUACCGCCGACCACUCAUCAGCCCGGCCCGGCUCAACUUGAAGGGCCAGCGGCUGAUGCUCUUCUCGGCCCAAAACGGGGUCCCCUCCGGCGAGGACUUCGCCCCCUCGGAAAGCCACGGCUUCGCCUCCGACGUGCCCGCUUUCCCCAAGAGGAACCAUAUUGAGAGAGAAAUGCAUGAUACCAGGGCGGUCCUCGAGGCGGGCAGCCUUUGCAGCGAGGGCUCCGCGAAGAAGACGGACAACUCCUCGCACGGUUCCAGCUGCGUGGUGGACACCACGACCAACGGGGAGGAGAGUCCCGGCUGGAAGGGUCGCGUCGGCUGCUGGUCUGUCCGGGGCCUCCUCGCCGUGAGCCUGACCCUCAACGCCGUCUUCACCUCGGCCUUCCUCUACCGAAGCCUGCGGUGAGAGACAAGAUCCGCGUCCUUCCUCUCUCUCCUCGCUUGCAGCCGGUGCCACGUUUCCUCCGAUGGGCAGGAAGGAGUCCGACGGCGGACGAAAAAUACAGACUCGGGGAGGAGAGCGGACAUCUGGCCGACGGCCACUACGACGCUUCACACCUUUCCUUCUUUUGUAGGCAUUUAAUGGACCUCAAAAACGUGGGAGUCCGCCCCCAUUGGGUUCCCUCUCUCGAGGACGACAAACAAUCCAUUUUGGGAUUCUCGCUUGAACCUGGCUGGUAGCUCAUUCCUCCCCAUCUGGCUGGAGCCACUUUUCCGGUGCUGAAGUUUGUCAGAACUUGUUUUUUUUUCCCUUAGUCAAUUGUUUUUAAUUUUAAUUAUCCAAUCCCGCAGCCGUGUUCUGCCUUAGAAAGGGGCACCGCUUCUACUGUAACGAUACAAGCCCCGACAACUGGCGCUGGGCUGCGUCGGCGUGGCUUUCGGAGACAUUACCUGUCGAUACAUACGUGCUGCUGUACUGCAAAUGCUGCAAUUGAUUGCGGGGAAGCGGCUCUUCGUAUGUUGUUUCGGUGGCGAUUGUACCACCCAAGAGACCUCGUCUCAUCCUUGCAAUGUCUCUAAACAAGGCAUGGACAAACUUUAUGAAUCCUGGGCCCAUAACCCAGGCGUGGGUCACCUCGUGCUCUUCCUCCAAGUGUUUUGGGCUUCGACUCCCACCAUUCCCAACAGCCUCAGUCCCCUUUCCUUUCCCUCUCAGCCACUUAAACGAACUUUAUGAAUCCUGGGCCCAUAACCCAGUUGUGGGUCAACUUCGGCCCUCUCUCCAGGUAUUUUGGACUUCAACUCCCACACUUCCCAACACCUUCGGUCCCCUUUCUUUUCCCUCUUAGCCACUUAAACAAACUUUACGGAACCUGGGCCCAUAACCUAGUGUCGGCUCAACUUCUGCGCUUCCUCCAGGUGUUUUGGACUUCAACUCCCAUCAUUCCUAACAGCCUCAGGCCCCUUCCUUUUUCCCCUCAGGAAAGGGCCUGAGGCUGUUUGGAACAUGGGAGUUCGAUUCCCAUAACCAAUACGUAGACGAUGCUAAGACUUCGCCUGGUGUAUUGUUUCCCUGAUUUUCCCCGCUUCGGAACCUAAGCACUAUCCUGUACUCCCCACUAGACUUCUGCUUACUCCGUCUGUCUGUCUACACCAGUGGUUCUCAACCUGUGGGUCCCCAGAUGUUUUAACCUCCAACUCCCAGAAAUCCUAACAGCUGGUAAACUGGCUGAGAUUUCUGGGAGUUGUAGGCCAAAAACAUCUGGGGACCCCAGGCUGAGAACCACUGAUCUAUCUGAACUUAUCCAUCUGAACUAUCUACUCCUAUCUAUCAGAUAGAUCAGAUGAUGUAUCUAUUUGAUCUAUCUAAACACUUCUCUAGCCAUCUAUUAGAACUGUCUAUCUGAAUUAUCUGAUCUGUCUAUCUAAACUGUGUAUCUAUCUGAUCUAUCUAUCUGAACUAUCUACUCUGAUCUAUCUAUCUGAUUUAACUAGUUAUCUGAACUCUCUAUCAGAGCUAUCUAUCUAUCUGAACUAUCUGAACUUAUUUAUCUAUCUGAACUAUCUACUCUGAUCUAUCUUAUCUAUCUAUCUAUUUGAUCUCCAUCUAUCCAUCUGAACUAUCUGUCUAUCUGAUCUAUUUACCUAUCUGAACUAUCUAUCUGAACUUAUUUAUCUAUCUGAACUAUCUACUCUGAUCUAUCUUAUCUAUCUAUCUAUCUAUCUAUCUAUCUAUCUAUCUAUCUAUCUAUCUAUCUAUCUAUCUAAACUAUGUGUUUGAUCUCCAUCCAUCCAUCUGAACUAUCUUGUCUAUCUGAUCUAUCUAUCUGAACUAUGAUCUAUCUUAUCUAUCUAUCUAUCUGAACUAUCUAUCUGAACUUAUUUAUCUAUCUGAACUAUCUACUCUGAUCUAUCUAUCUAUUUUAACUAUCUAUUUGAUCUCCAUCCAUCCAUCUGAACUAUCUUGUCUGCCUAUCUGAACUAUCUAUCUGAACUAUCUGAUCUAUCUAUCUAUCUAUCUUAACUAUCUGUUUGAUCUCCAUCCAUCUAUCUGAACUAUCUGUCUAACUGAUCUAUCUAUCUAUCUGAACUAUCUACUCUGAUCUAUCUAUCUAUCUAUCUAUCUAUCUAUCUAUCUAUCUAUCUAUCUAUCUAUCUAUCUGACCUCCAUCCAUCCAUCUGAACUAUCUUGUCUAUCUGAUCUAUCUAUCUGAACUAUCUACUCCUAUCUAUCUAUCUAUCUAUCUAUCUAUCUAUCUAUCUAUCUUAACUAUCUAUUUGAUCUCCAUCCAUCCAUCUGAACUAUCUUGUCUGUCUAUCUGAACUAUCUAUCUGAGCUAUCUACUCUGAUCUAUCUAUCUUAACUAUGUGUUUGAUCUCCAUCCAUCCAUCUGAACUAUGUUUGUCUAUCUGAUCUAUCUACCUAUCUGAACUAUCUACUCUGAUCUAUCUAUCUAUCUAUUUUAACUAUCUAUUUGAUCUCCAUCCAUCCAUCUGAACUAUCUUGUCUAUCUGAUCUAUCUAUCUGAACUAUCUACUCUGAUCUAUCUUAUCUAUCUAUCUAUCUAUCUAUCUAUCUAUCUAUCUAUCUAUCUAUUUGAUCUCCAUCCAUCCAUCUGAACUAUGUUUGUCUAUCUGAUCUAUCUACCUAUCUGAACUAUCUAUCUGAACUUAUUUAUCUAUCUGAACUAUCUAGUCUGAUCUAUCUUAUCUAUCUAUCUAUCUAUUUGAUCUCCAUCCAUCCAUCUGAACUAGCUUGUCUAUCUGAUCUAUCUGAACUAUCUACUCUGAUCUAUCUGUCUGUCUGAACUAUCUGCCUGUCUAUCUGAUCUAUCUAUCUGAACAUAUCUAUCUCAGUGGUUCCCAACCUUUGGGCCUCCAGGUGUUUUGGACUUCAGCUCCCACAAUUCCUAACAGCUGGUAAGCUGGCUGGGAGUUGAAGUCCAAAACACCUGGAGGCCCAAAGGUUGGGAACCACUGAUCUGCACUAUCUACUCUCAUCAAUCUGACCUACCUAUUUGAUUUAUUUAUCUUCACUAUCUCUCUGAACUCCAUCCAUCCAUCAAUUCAUCCAUCACUCUCUAUCCAUCUUUUUUAUUUCCGUCGUAACCAAUUCUCCCUCGUCUGCACAAAUGUAUUUCCUCUGCAACAACCUCCACCACACACAUCUCACACCUUUUCCUUGAUUUGUGGUCCUUGCUUUCAAAUCCCUGGGUGCUCCUGUAUCUUUUUUGAGGCGUUUGGGAGAGAUGCUUUGCUCUCCACGCCAUGUUUACACCUCUUUUUGGAGCCCAAACGUGGGUGAUCAAAAUCUUCCAAGCUGCCUCUAAUUGUUGUUAUUAUUAUUUUUGGAUGGAACUAGCAAAACAUAUCUGUCUAACUCAUGUGGUGCUCUCUAUCAUCGGAUAAAAAAAGUGCUUCUAGGGAACGGUGCUAGAACACGGAUUUGCUGCAAAGCCUUUAUCUGAACCAGGCGAAGGCAUGUCCUAAGCGUCACUCGACGGUGUCUUCACUUCUUGGUACCUUAAUGCAGUUUAUGACACAUUGCUUCAAAAAAAACGGGGGAGUAAACCCACCUUUUUCUGGGAGACACCGGAAUCGAAACAACCAGACUAAACUUUGGUUUCAAAUGCGUCUCUUUUAUAUUCUCGCAUCCAUCGGCCUUGCAACUUUUCGUGCAUCAAAGAUAUCGGAUACUUCAAAGAUAGCGAUUUUCCUUAUACUGUACCAACUCCAUGAGGACUUGCUCCUUGAAUGUACAAGCAACCGCCUUCAGGAAUGACUCUUGAUCUGCAUAAAAUACACUGUGUCCUGCGAGGCUUGAAUUUUAGGGUCGGGGGGGAUUAAUUGCAUUCAUUCUUGGGUUGUGGAGGAGGGCAAAAUAGUAUUUUCUUUUCCCCCUUUCGUACUUUGCAACUGCGGGGUGGGAAAGUUAACUCUUUUGAUGAGAAAAUGGUGGGGUUUUUUGUUGUUGUCGUUCUCCUUUGCCCCGUUUCCUCCACAAAAGGUUUAUGUUCUGUGUUUUGAGAGGUUAUUUUUCAUUAUUAAAAAAGAAAAGACGAAUAAAUAGUUGGAACUCUCGACAA